GUUUAUUUUGCUAGAUAGAUUGAGGCGAUGCAAUCUUGGAUUAUGAAUGAGAUAUUUCCCCUUGGGUAUUAAGGCAUAAUGAAAAGUUUGAACUAUGUGCUGGGUAAACUUGCUUGUUUUGAGAAGGUCACACUUAACAAUUCUUGGUGAUGGGAUUGUUUUUUUUAGUGUUCGCGUGAUGGGAAUAGGUGUGUGGAUGAUGUUGAAGCGGGGAUAGAAAAGGUGUUGCCCACGGACUCAGCGUAGCCCCGCCCGCAGUAUAUACAGUCCGGCGCAUGGGAUAGUUUCCUCACUCUGUUCCAUUCCCCGUGACAGACAGCCUAAAUCCCCACAUACUAACCCUAGCUCCCGCUGAUCUUUCCCUACCCUGAUCCCCUCUGCCACGGAUGUCAUCGGAUCCAUCGUCUGUGGAGCCCUCCGUGGCCAUGGAGGCCACCAAGCCAUCGGCCUCACCGUCGAAGGAAUCGGAGCCGGUCGGCGUUAGGGCUGCAGCCGCCGUCGCCGCCACGCAAGUUGCCGCCCACGAGAAGAACGCGCUGUGGGUCGGCAACCUGCCUGCGCACGCGGGUGAGGACGACGUCGUGGCGUCCUUCGCCCCGCACAAGACACUCGACUGCGUCAUCAUGCGCAUCGAGUACCGCAGCAAUGCCUUCAUCAUUUUCCGCUCCAUCGCCGAGUGUCGGACCGCCCUCAAGGCGCUCCGCGGGUCCAAUAUCAAGAGUGCGUUCAUCCUGAUUGAGUUCGCCCAACCGGCGGUGUGGGCUGAGGCCUCAAGCAGCUCUGAUAUAUGUAGUUAUUUCAGUGGAGGCACAAUGGAUCAGUGGCGACAGGGUGGUCUGGUGGAGAAUCGCAGGUGGCUGGAGGCAGCAGCGCUCAGAGUCUAGGG